AUGGAUUUGUUUUCUUCCGACGAAGGGGAUUUCGGACAUACGAUUCAAAAUGAUUCUCACCUGAACAGUUCAAGCGAUUGGCACUUCUACCAGUCGCAUCGCAAUGUUGUGGACAAUUUCAUAGCAGCAGUUUGUGGAAAAGCAACGAAGGUGGAGCUGGGAAACCUAAUUGCUGCAUCUGACGAUUUGGUUGCUUGUCGGGGGGCUUACAGUAACAGCGAGUCAGGCCUAGUCAAUCGAAUGAGCUACAAGCACGAAAAUGAUGGCCGGUCGCCUCUCAGCUAUGCCGCUGCCAAGAACCUCUACCAGCAGGUCUACGACCUGAUCGACCUUGGAGCCGAGGUGAGCAAAACGAUGCCAGCUCGUAACGGCUGGGGCGCAGUACCGAAGACAGCAUUUGUCAUCGCCGCCACCAACCCCAAGAGAGAUGGGACUGAGAUGGUCCGAAUCUUAUUGUCUAAAGGUGCUAGCCCUAAAGAGCUCGAAGCUGCACGUGUUGACGAGACAAUUCUUGGCAGGGGCAUGAAAUAUUGGAUUGAAAAAGCCCGUAGGGUUGGUGUUCCCUCUGAGUUGAAGCGUCGCCACAUGGCUCAUCUUUCACCCAUGGAUCGUAUUCAUGAACUUGAUUACAGUGUCGUUGGCGAGGAAGCAGCUGUGGCAUCGAUUCAAGAGGCCCUCGCCUCACGUUUUGGCAACCAUCAGGGAAGCCAAGGAAAGCCACUGGUGAUGCUCUUUCUUGGACCACCAGGACACGGGAAAACUUACUUUGCCAGCAAUGCAGCUCGGUCAUUGGUCGGCCAGGACAACUUUAAGUUUGUCCCAUGCCAAUCCAUCCGGGACGAUGCUGACCUUUUUGGUUCUCGCUUAGGUGGUUCUAGGUCUGGUCAAUACAGCAGCGAUGGAGAGCUGACUGGAUGGCUCCGACAUCGGCAAGGAAAGAAGUGCAUUGUCUUUCUAGACGAGUUCGAGAAGAUGAAGAAGUUGACUUCCUCUCUGGGUUGGAAACAAGACAAAAAGAUCUAUCAGUCUUUCCUUCAGCCAUGGAAUGAUGGGCUUUUGAGCGACCAAGGUUCAAUGCCAGCAGGACGCGGCGAGAUGAUCGAUUGCAAGCAAAGCAUUUGGAUUUUGACUUCCAACUGGGGCCAGGAGGAAAUCCUUCGCUUUUGGGAGAAGCACAAAGAGCGCAUGCAUUCGACCAUUGAAAAGAAAGACGCUGAGUGGAUCCAGAAACACUUGGUGGAAAAGAUUCUACAGCCACUUCUAGAGGAAGAAUUUGGUGAUAUGGACAAGGGACUCAAAGCACUGUCUCGUCGUAUUGACUGCAUAAUUCCUUUCCUCCCCUUUUCCAAAAGAGAAGUGAAGGUUGUCGCUGACAUCGCUUUGACCAAUCGCUUUUCUUGGUAUCGUGAGCCCUGUGUCUUACAUGGCCCCGAGGACCAGCGCCGUUCUCUUGGAAACCUCCGAAUGCAAGGUACUCGAGCUUUCGCAGCCUAUGCAGGGAGCAGGUAUGAUCCGAUGAAGGGUGCGAAUGGUAUGCUGUCAGCUGCGCAGAAGGCGGAUGGGAAGUUUCAGCUUUUGUUUUUUCAUGAUCAGCUAGGCCUAUCCGAAGAACAGGAGGCCCGGGUAAUGAGUGAAAAGCCCCCUACAACUAAUGAAAACGAGCCCACUUUCUGGGUCCACUUCGAUAAGGAUGCUAAGAUCAUCACCAUAACACAAAGCCGCCCUGUCGACGAUGAUAGUGAUGAUGAUGAUGACGACAGCAGCAGUUCGGAGUCUCCUUUGAAAGGUCUCGGAGACGUUGGACCGAGCGCCAGCGAGAAAGAACUGUUGAAAGAAGGCAACAGUAGAUAUGACGUAGAGGCUCUUCCCACCAGGUGUUCCACCGCCGCCGAUGAUGCUUUCUAA